AUGAAAGAACCAGCUUGGUAUAAACAGGCAUCCAUAGAAUGGCCACUCAACGCCGUGCUCGUGGACCAGCUUUCACCAGCACAAGUGUUCGAUGGCGCUGCCUUCAUAGCCUUUCUACUAUUACUGUUUUUGGCCAUGCUUGGAUUGGGGGCCGCUUAUCUACCAUUUCUGUGGUGUUUAGGUGCGGCCAUGGUGAUGAUCGCUGAGAUGGUGUGGCCCCCUACCGCCAGGGGUGUGAGCAGACCGCAAGUUGUUGCGAUAGAGUGUGUGGGGUUCAUUCUACCUGUCCUAUGCGCCAAUCAGCUAGGAAUGAUUAUCGGACAGUUGGUAGUACCGCUGGCGGGACGCAUAGGACACAUCCCAGUGGAUAUCAUUGUGGGCGUCUUGACCGCUCUGAGUAUCGUCACCAGCACGCGUUUCGUCAUCCGCCACUGGGUGGGUAGGCGCAAUAAAGUGGGCUACUUUAUCACCGUUGCCAUGGCAACCGUCCUCGUGGCCACGAUUGGCUUCAGUAUACACGCCACCGUGUACACGGACGAGACUCCAAAGCGAUUGUACCUGCAGCACAUGAGUCGAAGGUGGCACGAUGAGACAGGCGCAGUGACUAAGGAAUCUAACGAUCUCUUAAUCGUGACACCAGACUACAAGGAUAUUGAGCCGUUGAUACCCUACCACGACGCCUAUAGGGACGCGACGCCCUGCGAGUGCGGUGAGGUAUACUGCGAUGUUCCUUGGUACAUGUCCAUCCAGGAAAUGUUCGGCAACGGAUAUUGCCUGGACCUGGACACCAUACCAAAGGCGUCGGUUGAGUUUGAGUGGCGCCCGAGGAUAGCCGUAAGCUCGGUGCCAGCGCUUGAUGGCAACGACCCAAAGAAAAGUACAACACGCACCAUCCACGUGGAAUUGGAAGGACCUGAGCAUAUGAAUAUGUACAUACCAGUGAGUCGAAAUGAUGCAAAGGUGAUCAAGUGGGACAUACACGAGGAAGCUGAACUCCCCACGACCAACCCGCUGAAUACUUAUUUCAUCUUCACAGCCAGUGGGUCGCCUUGGCGGUCGUAUGCGUUCUCGUUUACAAUUCAAGGUACGAGUGCGCACGAGCCUUAUCCCUUUGCCAUCGCGGGCUUCAAGUUUGAGGCUCCACACAACAGCACUGACUAUAUGAAUGAUGUCGCUACGGCAUUGCCCGAAUGGGCAACGGAAGCUGUAUUUACGUCUACCUGGGAUGGUUUCCGAGGGUAAAAGUCGCUUGGUCAUAGAUAUGAAGUAUUGCCGAAGGGGGUGACGCUCCACGGAAUGUGGGUCGUAUAUUUCCGCACAAAAAGUAGUAUCCCACCGAAAAUAGACGAUAUACGCGUUAUUCAAAACCGUUAACUUCUGUCUUUUAGACAUAUGAAGACAUUGGACGGGCUAGAUGACACCGUUCUUCCAGCCUAAACAUGAAUAUAGGAUCGAGGGCCUUUCGAGAUACAAAACUUACUUAACCUCCGCCAGGCCAGAUCGUAACAGAAGUGUUGAUUGACCAAUCUCCCGAGGUCAAUAGAAUAUAAACCAGCAGGUGCUCCUUCUUGUUUACUACUUCAGAAGCCAGUGUACUACGGUAGAUAAUAUCAACUGCUCGAAAUUUUCAGCCUUCGAUGAAAAUAUAAUUUACGAACAAUGAGCUAUCACGACAACACAAGGGCACUAAGCACAGGCCCCAACGGUUCAGUCACACCCUUGGGAUUAAAUUGAUCAGAAUGCCUAUCCUAAUAUUGUACAUAGCGCG